CAAAUAAAAUUAAACAUGUUUUUACCGUGGUUAAACUUGGUGUUACUCUGUGGUUGCUACAGGGUGAUGAUAUUGGUGAAAUAAAGUCAAAAAAAUCACUAACCAUAUGACACAAUUUCAGUCUGCUGACUAUUUGGAGGGAAACCAGCUCUUCUGCACAUUUCAGAAAUAUAGUUUUCAUUCUCAUUUUAUCGUUUAUAGUAAUGGAUUUUUACUUGUUUUGAAGAAGAGAUUGAGUGUCCCGUCCGUCACAAUAAAGAUAUCUAUGGAAAUGGAGACAAAUGAGCUUUUAAAAUCUAGAGAGAAGGCGAGACUACGAAAACAACGAAGCAGAGAAAAAAAGAAGACGAAUAAAGAAGCCUGGGAGAAGAGUUUGAAGAAAGAUGCAGAGAGAAAGCGAAUAUCGAGAGCUAAGGAAAAGGAAAAGUUAGUUACAAUUAGUUCUACAAGUGCAGGUAAGAAAGAACUCAAACUUAAAAGAUGCAAGGAAACUGAAAGAAAAAGAAAAUACAGGUUAAAACAAAAAGAAAAGCUAGAACAUGUAUGUGAUAAAAAUAAUGAACUUGGAACUUUUUCAAACAGGCAAAGCCUAGGAAAGGCUGUAGUUCGUGCAAAGAAAUUUUUACCAAAAAGUCCUUCAAAAAAACUUGCUGUUGUAAGAAAAACUAGUUUAUGA